CUAGACGGCAAUUCGAAGGAAAGAAGAACAUAAAGCACGUCUUGCAUGCAAUAUAUUAUAUGAGGCUCCCAAAAAGCCCCGUGCUCAGUAAAACCCAACUUGAAGUCUCUGUAGCCAUCGCCAGCACCACAGCCGAGCCUGAGUUAACCCGCCGGCUCAUACACGUUCAGCCCACCAGCCUGAGCAUGGAGCGGACAUCCGCACCUCACAUAGCAGUCUUCCCUUUCAUGUCUCGAGGCCAUGCCAUCCCACUCCUCCACCUAUGUGCCGCUCUCCUGCACCGAGGACUCAAGCUCACCAUCUUCUCCACCGCCUCCAACUCCCCUUUUUGCAAGCAGAGCCUCCCCCAAGACCCCGGAAUUUGCAUCACUGACCUCCCUUUCCCAUCGCACCCAGACUUGCCAAAAGGUUGCGAAAGCACGGAACAGCUGCCCUCCAUGGACAUGCUCCUUCCCUUUUUGAAUGCGGUUAAAGAGCUCCGCGACUCCUUCGAGCAAUCCCUAUCAGAAAUCGCAGAAGUCAAUCCCCCCAUCUGCCUCAUUUCCUACACCUUCCUCUAUUGGACUCAGUAUGUCGCCGAGAAGCUAUCCAUACCCCGCCUCACUUUUAUGGGCAUGAGUGCCUAUGCCACCUGCUUGUCUAUGGCCAUUACUGCUUAUGGCUCGCCCAUACCCAAAGACUCCGAACCAGUUUUGCUGCCCGGCAUGCCACAUGAGGUGAGGCUAACGCAUGUCAAGGUGCUGCCCGAAUUCCGAACACUGGAUCCCAAAGACCCAUCCUUGGCCUUUAUCUUGGAGACGCAUGCGGCUAAGCGCCGCAGCUACGGGGAAAUACUUAAUUCUUUCUAUGAGCUCGAGCCCGAGUUUGUAGAGACAUCGAAUGGACAGGGCCGGCCUUUGUGUAGGGCCUAUGUGCCUGUGGGACGAGCCAAAGCCGGGCCCGAAGGCAACGUCGCCGGACUCUUCUCAAUGGUCCCACCGAACUUAAACGAAGUUAUUUUACAUUACCAAAAGAUAUUCUACUCCCACAGGAGUGGAAUGUCCAUUUACUCUAUCGGCUUCAUUGUAGAAAACACUAAAGAACCAAAGGUGCCUAAUGUUUCCUUUAAGAUCAUAAAGCAAAAGGUGGUCUAUGAAUUCAUUCCUGUUAUGUGCUUGAAAUGUAAAGCAUUUGGGCAUAAAAGUCAGCUCCGCAUCUUCAAUACCACUGUAACCAGUAAUACAACUAAGGAAAGAAACCCACCAUCUUCUAGGGGAGAGGAGAUUUGGCGGGUUAAGAAGGGCAACAAGGAGAUAUUCUUUAGAAAAAAACCAGUUACAACAAAUGGAGGCCUAUUUGAGGCCCUUCUAAAUUUGCAGGACAAUGACGAGGUCAUGGUUUCCACAGCCGAAGAUGCACAUCUUCCACAUGAUCGCAGGGAGACAAAUGAACAAUUCCAGAGUGACCCCCCUCAAUGCCAAACUGAAGUGACACCCAAUAGUCCCCUGCGUGGGUUGGAUGCAAACAUGGAUGAUGACGAGGUCCAGCCCCGACCACGGUUACGAGCAGUGGACAACCUCGACGAUCAAUCAUUAGAAUCACACGAUGAUAAUAGAGGUCAACCAUCAAAGAGGGUAAGAAAUGUUGAAGAAGAAGUUCCAACUAAUGAUCUUCCAUUAGCAGAGGAUGAGGAAAUAACCUCACAGGGGUCAGCUAGGCAUGAAGUGAGAAUGACGAAUGACUUGUUAUUAGUAGAGGCCCAACAAAUAGGAAAAUAUGGUCAGGUGGAAAGACCCAAUAUGGAGCUGGCUAAGUGUUUGGAUUGGCUUGACAUGAAGGAGGAUGGUUCGGUGCUAUACGUGGCCUUUGGGUUACAAGCUCGUCAAGAGGAGGCUCAAAUGAGAGAGAUUGGCGUAGGCCUCGAGGGUUCGGGUUCGAACUUCUUGUGGGCGGUGAGAGGUGAGCCCAAGCUUGAUGAUGGGUUCGGGGACAAGGUCAAGGGGCGUGCGCUCAUGAUCUGAGGGUGGGUUCCACAAGUUCAAGUACUCAGCCACAAUGCUGUUGGUGGAUUCAUGAGCCGUUGUGGAUGGAACUCUCUUCUAGAGAGUCUAGUGUACGGAGUGCGAAUAUUAGGUUGGCCCAUGAUGGCUGAGCAAAGUUUGAAUGGUAAGAUGGUGGAAGAGGAGCUAGGGGUGGGAUCAAGGGUGGUGUGGGGUGCAGGCGAGAACGGGGAGGUUGUAGAGAGAGAAGUUGUAGAGAGAGAGGUGGUGGAGUUGAUGAGGGAAGAGAAAGGGGGGAAGGCAAGGGAGAGGGGUAGAGAGAUAAAAGAGAAGGCUAGGAGGGCGGUUGGUGACAGUGGGUCGUCUUAUAACAAUUUGAGUGAGCUUAUUGAUGAGCUUUGUAAAAGGAAGAAAUGAGCUUUUUCCUUGCCACUUCUACUUUCAUUACUUUCUCUCUCUCUUUUAUGUUUCUCGUUAUGUAUAGUAACAACAUGGUCCUUGACCCACCCUCCAUGGGCUCAGGCAGGACUCGGGCUAGUCUUGGCAUUCCCUAUCCAGUGC